AUGGAGGAGGAAGAUCCCGCCGCGGCCCGUCCUUGUUCCGACGCAACGCGCAGGCGCAAAGUCCUGGCGGUGCUAGGCCGCUUCACUUCCUUGUCGGGCGGGUGGCCGGAGCCUUUGGGCUCUGAGGCCACUCUGGGUCUUGCAGUGAAGCAGGAGGGCCUGCGCUUCGUGGAACAAGAACUGGAGCACAUCACCAUCCCCGACCUGCACGGCAAAGAGGGCCACUUCCACUACAACAUCAGCAACGUGAGGGUGACCCACCUGCAUCUCGCAUCCUCUGACCUGCGCUUCCAGCCCAAGCAGCAUCUGGCCUUCAGCGUCCAGAACGGCUCCAUCACUUUGCGCUUCCGGCGCCAGCUCCUGUAUUGGUUUUUCUAUGACAUUGGCUCCAUCAACACCUCCGCCGAGGGCGUCCACAUUCACACAGCGCUGGAGCUCUCGAGGGAUAGCACUGGGCGCCUCAAGAUCUCCAACAGCAGCUGCAACGCCUCCAUCACCCGCAUGCAUGCGGGAUUCAGCGGGACCCUCAGAAAGGUGUAUGAAUUCCUGGCCACUUUUAUCACCACCGGGAUGCGCUUCCUCCUCAAUCAACAGAUCUGCCCUGUACUGAACCACGCUGGGCUGGUGCUGCUCAACUCCGUGUUGGACACGGUGCCAGUACACAACCCAGUUGAUGAUCACAUCGGGAUAGACUAUUCCCUGCUGAAGGAUCCCCUGGUCACUUCCGACACCCUGGACCUGGACUUCAAGGGCAUGUUCUUCCCAUUGCGAGGCAAGAACGUGACGCUACCCAACGAAGCGCCGGAGCCCCUCAUCAAGGAGACGGAGCGCAUGGUGUACAUGGCGGUCUCCGAGUACUUUUUUGAUUCCGCCCUAUUUGCCUACUACCGAGCAGGCGUGCUGAGCAUGGAGAUUGCUGGUGCCCAGGUGCCCAAAGAUCUGGAGGUUUUGCUUAGAGCGUCGUUCUUUGGGAGCAUUGUCAUGAUGAGCCCCUCGGCGAUGGAUGCGCCCCUGAUGCUCAAGCUCCAGGUGUCGGCCCCUCCGCGCUGCAGCAUCAAAAGCUCCGGCACAUCCGUCUUGGUCACGGCCCUCCUGGACAUCUUCUUGGCCCCCCCGGGGCAACCCCCCGUCCCCCUCUCCAGCAUGACGGCCCUCUUGUUUAGGUUCCGGAUCUACUCCAACCAGUCAGCCCUGGAAUCUCUGGCACUGAUCCCCCUGCAAGGCCCCCUGAAGACCCUCCUGCAGCUGGCCAUCAUGCCCAUCAUUAACGAUAUGACCAGGAAAGGGGUCCAGAUCCCACUCCCAGAAGGCAUGGACUUCACGAGGGAAGUGGUCACCAACCACAUGGGCUACCUCACAAUUGGGGCCGACCUUCAUUUCUCCAAGGGGCUGAAAGAGGUGAUUGAGAAGUACCGCACAGCGCCGGUGACGUCGCCAACCCCCGCGGCUGCUUGAGCCUUUCCUGACGAUUCCUGACCUGCCUGCCCCCCUGCGGUCCCUCCGCUCCAUCCCAGGAUCAAGAGGGCCUUGUAAGGAUGGCACCAGGUGGUUAUCUGGGCCGGUCCGCUAAUAAAACACCUUCCAAGACCACGGA